UCAAAAUAUUCUGCUGUCAAGUAAUGGUUGUUUGCCUCAUGUUUAACUAAAUUCUUAAAAAUUAAAUAAAAAUGACAAACGAAACAUGCAGGAGUUGUCUGAAGGAUGGGUUCGACAUGAAAUCAUUAUUCACACGAGGCAUGAUAUGUAAAAAAAUUUUAAGCCUCAGGGAUCUUUUGCUCACUUGUGCUGAUUUAGAAAUUAAUCGUGAUGAUGGAUUUCCUCAACAUAUUUGUAAAUCUUGUAUCAAUAUAAUAGAGAGCGCCUAUUCUUUUCGUAUGAUGUGCGAGAAAAAUGAAAGACUAUUGAAACAACAGUUUGAGCAAAUUGAAACUACACAGUCCGAGGUUGAUUAUGAAAAUGAUAAAAUUGAUUUUGAUGAGAAUGGUUUUGAAGCUACAGAUGAAUAUGUUGAAAUCAGUGAUGAUGAAUUAUUAACAAAUAAUGUAGUGGCAAUUUUGGAAGAUCCAAUUAGUGAUCAAUUUGAAAAAUUAGAAGAUCACAAAAUAGAAUCUAAUGAUCCUAAAGAUGAACCAAUAUCAGAAAAAAAAUCAAAGGCUGUUAAAAAUAAUAAGUUGAUCAAUGUAAAUGAAGGAGCAAAAAAGCAUAAUUGUACACAAUGUAAAAGGCAAUUUAAAUUAAAGACAUCAUUGGAUCUACAUGUUAUACGAAAUCAUAGUGGAAGUGCAACACUUGAUGAAGCAAAGCUAAUUUGUUCUAUAUGCAAUAAAAAAUGUGUAUCAGAAACACAUUACAAUCGUCACAUGAAUUACCAUAGAACAGGUAAACAAUACCAUUGUGAUAUUUGUGGUAGAGAUUUUUCACAAUAUCGCAGCUAUGAGUCUCAUAAAUAUUCUCAUACUGGAGAACGACCAUUCUUAUGUACUGAAUGUGGUAAAACAUUCAAACAAAAUUGCGAUCUGGAAAUCCAUAUGAGACUACAUUCAAAUUCUUAUCCAUAUAUUUGUAAUAUAUGUGGUGCAAAAUAUAGAUAUAGCAGCAUCUUUACAUUACAUAAACGUACACACUCAGGUGAGAAGCCUUUUGAGUGCCCCUUUUGUGAUAAGAAAUUCAGGAACAGUUGUAGAUUGAAAGUUCAUAAAAGAGUCCAUACAGGAGAAAAGCCUUAUGUUUGUCAAAUAUGUCAAAAAGCAUUUGCAAGACCAUAUGCAUUAAAAGUUCACACACAAACGCAUACUGGUGAACGACCACAUUUAUGUACGAUAUGCAACAAAGGCUUUGCACAAGCUCAUUGCUUGCGAUCGCAUAUGAAAUUGCAUGAAAAGAAUAAAAUCGUCAAAAAUGAACCAUGUAAUGAUAGUGAAAAUGCAAUUGUAGAAUUAAAUGAAGUUGUUAUAGAAGAAAAUAUGGUAUCAUAA